GCACGCAUUCUCACAGCGAGAGACAACGCCAUGUUUCACGGGCAGCGUGGUUGGUUUUGCCGCAGCGUCAGCCAGGACCUGAAGCAGUUCUGGGUGGCCCAGGGAGGGAUGAUCAGCGACCCACAAGCAGCAGAGUUCUUGUUCAGCUGUGAUGCCUCGCACCCAGACACGCUGAGAAUAUAUCAGAGCCUUGAUUACAUAGAGGAUAAUGCUACAGUUUUUCAUGCCUACUAUCUCUCAGCAGUAGCCAAUGCUGAAACAAAAAAUUCCGUGGUUUUAGGUCAUUUCAUUCUUCCUCCUGAAUGCCUGCAAAAAGAAAUAAGAAGAAAAAUUGGUAGUUUUAUUUGGGAACAAGAUCAAUGUUUUCUGAAAAAAAAGAAUGUUGCAGUAACAUCAAAAGAAAUAAAGCCACUUAGGAAAAGCAGUGAACUGGAAACAGAUCAUGGGAGAGGAUUAUCUGAAAGCACAGAAGAGGAUUUUAUAAGGACUCCAGCUGUGGAAAAGCAGAUGUACUUUCCUCUUCAAAAUUAUCCAGUGAACAACAUGGUUACAGGUUAUGUAUCAAUUGAGUCCAUGAAGAAAUUUCUUGGGGAGAUUCGUGACUUCAUUCCUGGAAGCUCAGGAUAUUUGGCUUACCAUGUUCAAGAUGAAAUUAACAUGUCUGAUAUUAAAAACAAGUUGAAGAAGAAUAUUAAAUUAUUCUAGAAUCUGGACACUUAUUUUGUAAAAAAUAUUACCAAAGAUGUAUGUAAUUUAUAAUGGUCCCCUGUGAGACAGGGAGAGGGGGAAAUGAAAAAUUCUUGUCUUCCUCAACCUGUAUCUUUAGGAAAAUUCAGAAUCCUUUCUGUUGAACAUUAACACCCCAGCAUGUAAAUAAUGUUUAUGAACUCUGAGUGCACAGUUGUUAAGAGAGUAACUGUCACUGAAACAUAAUUUGUAAAAAAAA